CAGUUCACACUUCUCUCUGGUUCCACAACACCAUCAACUAAUCAAUGCGACAAUCUCGAGUUAUAGGUCAGCUUCACUUAACAUGGUCUGUUAACUUCGUCACUUCGUUACCUUAUGUGCCAGCGACCCGAUGGCUACCUCCCCUGGUUUACUCUCUUUCCCUACCUUGCUCAUCCGCUAUCUUCCCUUGGGCUCGCCUUUCAGUUUGGGAUGGCACAAGUGAGUCUAUUUCAGAGGUGGUACCUGGAAGGGGUGUACUUUGCGGGAAUUAACGUCAUACUGCGAUUUCAUAGUCUGGCGUAUUUGGUGUUAAUUCUGCACAAAAGUCUUUGCCCGACUGAAAGUUACAAAGCUAUUCAUGAGUUCGAUGGUGAAUGAUGAGCGAGUAGGAGUUAAUAUGGAAAGUAAGCCUGUAUUGAAGGUCAUGCUGCUAUAUCUAAGCGUGCGGUUCCGCAGU